AGGUCUUCGCCAGCUUCUCGCGCUUCAAGCGGCUCCCUGUCCAGGACCGCCUCUCGAUCAGCGGGCUGCUCCUUGCCAUGCUCGACUUCGACCGGGACGAGGAGACCCUGGCGGCCUACGAUCGCAUGACCGCCCACGAGCUCUUCCUGCGCUGCGGUGUCAGCCAGCGUCUCGUGGAUGAUUUCCUGAAGCCAACGCUCCUGGUGGGGCUGUUCAAGCCGCCCGAGGAGCUCUCCGCAGCAGUCACGAUGGAGCUGCUCUACUUCUACGCUCUGGCGCACCAGACCUCGUUCGAUGUGCGAUGGCUGCGGAAGGGCACGGUCCCCACGACGCUCGUGCAGCCUCUGGUGGCUCAUCUGGUGGAGGAAUACGGGCUUGACGUGCGCGGCAACACCUUCGCGGAAGGCCUGUCGAUGUCGGCGAACGGCCGGAUUUCCGCAGUGCGCUGCAGAGAGAAGGGCGGCUCCCCCUACGACAUCGCCGACCUCGAUGGCGUCGUGCUCGCCCUCGGCGCCGGGGGCAUGCGAGCGGUCAUGCAGGGGAGCCCCGAGGUCGCGAAGCGGUGUCCCACCCUGGCACGCGCCGGCGCCGCCAAGGGCAUCGACUGCAUCGCCUGCCGGCUCUGGUUCGACGGCUACGUCGCCACCGAGACGCCCGCCAACGUGCUCUCGCGCUUCGAGGGGCUCCGCGGCGCUGGCGGCACGUUCUUCAUGAUCGACCAGCUGCAGCCGGACCAGGAGGCGCUGUGGGGCGGGGAGCAGCCCAGGGGCUCCGUGGUGGCAUGCGACUUCUACAACGGCGGCGCGCUGUUCAGCCUGUCGGACGAGGAGAUCGUCAGGCUCCUCUCCGAGGAGCUGCUGCCUGCGGCGGUGGGCGGCUUCAAGUCCGUGCGCGUCGUGGAUAGCUACGUGAAGCGCUUUGCCGGGGCGGUCACUUGGUUCUCACCAGGCUCGUACGCCUCUCGGCCAACCUUGGAGACGCCUGUGCCGAAUCUUGUGUGCGCUGGUGAUUGGGUGCGCAUGGGCGAGCGCGAGCACGGCGCCAAGGGCCUCUGCCAGGAGCGGGCCCUCGUGUCGGGCUUCGAGGCCGCGAACUCCCUCGCCCGGCGCGGCGUGCUCGGCACGAGCAGCCGCAAGGAGCGCGAGGUGAUACCCGUGCGCGAUGACGAGGCGCAGGUGAAGGCUGGCCGGCAGGCGGCGAAGCUCGUCGCGGCGCUCGCGCGGCCGUUCGGCCUGCAGAGCCCCUGGGUGCGCUGAGGUGCCUCCGAGGACAUGGGCUCCACCGUUUACACGAUUUUCAGCGCCGCCCUCCACCUGAGACGAGCACCACUGUACACAAUUGUCGUGCACAGGUGACGGCGCGCGCCACACCGCCUUUCGCUCUCCCCGACCUCGCCCGCCUCCCCUGCCCUGGCGGCGCGCACCGGUGGCGGCAGGGCGCUCUGGGCGCGCGGCCGGGGGCCGCACGACGGGGAAGCCCCCUUGGGAGGCCGCACCCCCCCGCCCUCCGCGGAGGCAGAGGGGAGUGGGUGGCCCAGGGGCGGGCGCGGAGA